CAAGAAAGAAACAAACAUACCAAGUAGUAGCCCAUACAAAAGCAUCAAAUCCCAAGCUACUUCAUACAACACCAUGGUUCAUUUCUUCACACCCUUCUUUCUUGCCCUACUAUUCAUACUGUUAACUACCACGAAUGUACUCGAAAACGUUCGAGGCGAUCCAGACCUAACUUUCAUCGAGGGUCUCUGCGGAUUCGAGUACGAUACAACCCCUUUCAGGAAGGGUCAAGCCAUGAGACUCACAAGCGGCGACAUCGAACGCACAAGCUCCCAUUCCCCAUUUUGCAGCGUUACCGCCGAUGACGAUGGCACGCCCCAAAUGUAUGGUAUGGCUACAUGUUCGGACUCCAUCUCUCCGGAGGAUUGCAAGGCUUGUCUUACCUAUUGCCAAGACCAGUUGCUGAAUUACAACAUAUGCAACGAUCUAUACGGCGCCCGAAUCAUCGUUGCCAGCUGCUCAUUGAGGUACGAGACCUAUGAGAUUGAGGAAUGUGCGCCAUGAAUAUGCCUUGAUCGAAGAUGAGAGGUAUACAUCAAGAGUUCUCUGUGCUGCUAAUUACUGGUUACGUGUUCAGUCAAUUGAUGGUACUUUGGUAUAAUGGUAUCGUCGGGUUUGGAGCUAGUUGGAAUAAUUCUGGACGUCUUUGCUAUGUCCUUUUCUUAGGAAUUAUACUUGGUGAUUGUAGUUUUCUUUUAUGGGUUUAACAAAGUGUGAAGAAAUAAAAGCUAUGAAGUUUA